AUGGCCAAGUCUCGAGGAGCAGCGCCACCAUCCUACGCAGAAAGCACCCCAAUCUAUCAACACAGGAAUGCAGUCAUCGCGGCAGCAGAGAUACGCGCAAGAGACGAGCAAGAAAUGCAGCUGCUCCUUCAGAACGUCCAGCGCCACUACAACAUCUGGAACUCAGACCUCGAGCCGCCAGAGCACGAUACAGAGCUCUACUGCACGUGCCAGUCAUGCCAGUACACGAGGCGCAAGAUGGCUCGCUACUAUGUCCAAGACAUAUGGUCAAGGGCGGUCAUGUAUCCUGGUGAGAAAGCGUACACCGACAACAAGCAGACGCUGAGCUUCAGAAAUCCCUAUCGUUUUAAUGUCGUCUCUCCAUAUGGUUACUUUUCCAAUCGGAAUCGGAUUGGUGGGUAUGGGCCCUCUGCUGCGUCGUUCUGGGCAGGUGGGUUGAGACCGAUUCCGAAGUAUCACACGCAGGCGAUUCAGCAAACCCUGAGGCUCAACGAAUCACUGAAUCGACAGGCGCAGAGCGAGAUUAAUGCAAAGGAGCCAAGGAAGAGUAUAUGGGAUGACGACGGCCCUUUGAGUACCCAGACGGGAGAGGAGCCUGCUCCUGGUGGGCAUGUGUCAAAACUAAAGCGAGCCAAGGACUUUCUUCACAUCAAGUCUGCUGAGCAGAAAGCAGCCGAGGAGGCACAGCUUCUGAGAGACUCGAUUGUCGCAGAGGAAUUCGGUCGUUGGCCCGACGAGACGUGGAGACAGAUCGUGAACGCAUAUCAGGAGAAGAUGGGAAUGGCAGAGAAGAUUGCGCGUCUUCGUGCUCACCAGCCCAUCCAGUACUUGCAUCUUCUCAGAGCUGGGUACUUCGAGCCAAUCCCUGUGGCGUGGGCGGAUAAAGCGUCUAAUCCCCUAAAAUUCACCGUGGAUGCUGCGGCAGGAUGGAGAGGCAUCACCCCUGCUUGGCGAGGCUAUGAGGACACGGCAGAAGAGCGGCUGUACUGGGUCCUAAAUCAUCGCGGGGGAACCGAAGGCUCUAGGAUGAAGCCUGAUGUCAUCUCGUCCAUGAACAUGGCGCGAGCCCGAAUGGCAUCAGCAGUUGAGCCUCCGCCUGUAUACUUUUCUGAUAACGACGUCUGCCAUGUUCAACACAAGUCUGAUGGCUAUUCGAGACAAGUCAUGCCGACGCCCUUUCGGGCAUUCGACCGCCCAGAAACACCAGACGAUGAUACCAUGAUUCUUCUUGAUGUUUCUGGGUCCAUGAACUUUGACCCGGUGAAACCUGUGUAUGAGGAAUACACUAUCACGAGAUACGUAGCGGGCAAUCAGCCGAGAAACAAAGACGUUGCCAAAGCCAUAAUCCGUCGUUUCACCGACGCCAUGUCCAACCACGCCCACAACCAUCGUGGUUAUGAUCUUGUCACCUUCGCCAACCACGCUCGCUAUAUCGGGACAGUGAACCAUCUCAACUUCGAAGAGACAUGGGGGAACAUCCCCAUCGGCGGCGGUACCCGGGUCAUGACCGGCUGGCAACUGGUCAAGAACCUGCACUUUCAGAAGCAUUCCGCCUCUGCGACACACCAUCCCGUCUACGGCUGGCAGGCCGGGCCAGAGACCCGCAUGCUGCGGCUGCUACUUUUGCUUGACGGCGAGGCUACGGAUAUGGAUGAGUUCGAGCUGGACCUGCUGGGUCUGUCCUGGGCGCAUGUGACGAUUUUCCUGAUUGGCGUGGAUGGAUGCCCGCAUCACCAUCGACAUGCGAACGAACUCAAGCGCAUCAGUGAUCUGAAUCACCAUGUGUCGUUUGUGGAUGCACAGGGCAACUGUCCAGAGAGGUUUGUGACGCAUGAGUUGCUCAAGAGGCAUUUGGGUUAUGAUAUAUCAAUGCGGGAGUUUGAGCAAUUGGAAGCCUUGCCUGCCUACACGGAGCUGGAUGAGGCUGCUUAA